AUGAAUAUCGUCGAGUGGGCAUUCGGAAAGCGUAUGACGCCCGCAGAGCGUCUCCGCAAACACCAGCGGGCCCUUGAUAGGACACAGCGUGAACUGGAUAGGGAGCGGACCAAGUUGGAGAACCAGGAAAAGAAGCUCAUACAGGAUAUCAAGAAGAGCGCGAAGAACGGACAAGUCGGUGCCUGCAAGAUCCAGGCAAAAGACCUGGUACGGACGCGAAGAUAUAUCCAAAAGUUCUAUCAGAUGCGGACACAACUACAGGCUAUUUCCCUUCGCAUUCAGACCGUUAGGAGCAACGAACAGAUGAUGCAGUCGAUGAAGGGUGCAACUAUGUUACUGGGAAGCAUGAAUCGACAAAUGAAUCUCCCGGCGCUGCAACGGAUUGCGAUGGAAUUCGAGCGAGAAAACGACAUAAUGGAUCAACGGCAGGAGAUGAUGGAUGAUGCGAUUGACGAAGCAACAGGGAUGGAAGGAGAAGAAGAGGAAGGCGAAGACAUUGUCAAGGAAGUUUUGGACGAGAUCGGUGUAGAUCUCAACCAGGCGCUGGGCGAGACACCAUCGGGGAUACAGAAAGAGUCGGUCAACGAGACGCGGGUGGCUCAAGCGGUUGGUGCUGGCGGCGGCGGCGGUGGCGGCGGCGGCCCUGCAAAUGACGACGACGACCUACAAGCAAGGCUCGACAGCCUCAGACGAUAA